AUGGCGUGGAAGAGUAAGCUCAUUAGUUCUUUCAGUGUAUAUUUUGUAUAAAAAUUAAAUCCAUACUAAUGAUAAUUUUCCAGAGCACUGGAAUUGACAAUGGAACGCUUCUUGAAUCCGCUCCUUCAUCCCGAUUGGAUGUAUCGUAGGUCGUCGAGCUACCGAAAGGAAGAAAAGGCAUUAAAGGAGAUCUAUCGACCGGUGAAGCACAUUCUGCAUCUGCAGAGCAAAUCAAAAUUUAUCGAUGAAUAUUUGUCAGCAUUGAAAAGGAACGGACAUGAUGAAAGACGGAUGAUCCAAACAGAAGUCUCUGGGUUAAUUUAUGCCGGUCAUGAAACAAGCGCAAUUACUAUUUCUAACACAUUGCUCCUUCUCGCUAUGCACCCAGACGUACAAGAGCAGGUUGUGGCCGAGAUACGCCAACAUUGUGGUGCUCUUGGUGAAGAUAUUCGAUAUGAAACGCUUCAGGAGCUCGUCUACCUAGAGAUGGUACUGAAGGAGUCUCUCCGCUUACUGCCGAUCGCACCUUUCGUUGGCCGCCAAACAACACAAGAAAUAGCUGUGGGAAAACACAUUUUGCCAGCGGGUGUUGAUGUUUUCAUCAAUAUUUUCAGCAUUCAUCACAAUCCCACCUACUGGGGAGAGGAUGCCGAUCAAUUUCGACCGGAACGGUUUGCUACGACGACUUACGAUCGCUCUACGUAUUUGCCCUUCAGUGCGGGAAUGAGGAACUGCAUCGGUGGACAGUACGCAAUGAUUUCGAUGAAAGUAAUACUGAUCAAGAUCCUUACUUCCUACCAGUUGGAGACGGAUUUGAAGUUUAAUGAUUUGAGCAUGAAAUUUGCUAUCACUAUGAGAAAUGCCGAUGGGCACAUGGUUCGAUUAAUGCGCAGAUGAUUGUCAUGAUAGUUUAUUGCUUUAAUGAUUCAAUAUCAGCAGCAACUUUUAACUCUGUCUAUGAAUCAUCAAUUAAUUUCUUCUGCGGCGAAAUAAGAAUAAAAUUACUAAGAAAAUGUAACUGUGGUAGUUGUUUUUCAUUUCCAAACAACUUUUAUCACGAGCUGGACUAACAACUUGGCGGACGACGGCGUCCGAUUACGAGCGCGUUGGAUGGCGCCGGAUAAGUAAGUAAGAAAGUUGUAACGAGCUGGCGAGAUAAUUUCUUACCGGCACCAGCGUUGCCGAUCCAUAUUCGCGGUGCGAUCGGUGGCUCCUUGUCUCAAACCGUCAAGAGAGACAUCCAAGAGCCCGACGCGUGAAGGGUCGGAUCGGCGUGGCGACGCGAGAGCCGUGCUGGUCGAAUUGUCUUUUCCCUUUCACUUCCCUCCUCUUUCUUCUGCCCAUUACCUUCAGCUUUGCAGAAGUUUC